AAGGCGGUCGGUUCGAAACCGACUGGAUCCACCAUUGGUGGAGGAUUUCUAAUUAUUAAAAUAUCAAAAACUAAAAAUGCUGCUAAUAAUCAGCCAACCAAGAAAGAAAAGAAGCCAACUCUGCCAAAAGAUAAUCCCCCGCCCAAGCCUAAUACUUCACCUACUCCCAAUCCACCGCAGCCAAACCCAAUUCCGAAGCCUAAUAAUCCCCCACAACCGAAUAAUGAUGAAUACCCAGCAAUUACCGCUACUGGGCGAGAACCAGAAUAUAGAAUUAACAAUAUAGAAUUAACCCAUCAUUACCACACGCCAGGUCACCUUACCGCCGGCUCAGCCUUACUUACUGAUACUUUGGAUGGUUCGGGUAAUGGUUCCUCAAUUCUGAAUGAUAAGGGAAUUACUCACCUUAUCCACGCUGUUAAUCAACCAUUUACGGACCGCUACCAGUUUGAAAAACUGGCUAUUCCCUUGGUUGGUGGGGGGAUUUUUCUUGGUAAUUGUGACCCGCAAAAAUUAGCCGAGGGAAUAGUGAGGGGAGUGGUUAAUCAGUUGGAAAAAUGUCAAAACUUAAAGAGAAUUAGUUUAAUUGAUUGGGAUGGCAAUCCCAAUAGUUACCUUUUGAAAGCAUUUGAAAGUGAAUUCAUGGAUAAGGAUGAACUUUUUGCCGGUGCUGUAGCACGUGAUAAUAAUGCUUUUGGAAAGUUAAAAAGUAAUCCGGAAAAACUUUUAGGUUAUAAUAAAGGAGACAUUUGCAAUAAAAGCAUUCAUGGAGCCAGUGUAAUUGUCAACGCAGCCAAUACCCAAGUCAAAUUUGGUGGCGGGAUUUCCGGAGCCGUUGCCGAGCAAGUGGGGGAUAAAAAGAAAAUAGAAGCCAAAGCCCAAGAAUUAAUUGAUAACCACCUUCAAGAAGAUUUAGAAGAAUCUGAUUUACCUUUUAAGGUGGAAGUGAUGGCUUGGGAUUUAGUUAACCAGUUAAAAAACAUAAAAAGUGGCGAAGACAUUUUUACUACUGCGGCUAAUAACUUACAAUUCAAACCGAAUUUUAUAAAUUCUGCUCAGGGGAUGAUUGAUGAUGACCCUGAUUAUUACCACCAUGGUUUAUUGAUUAAAGAUACUAGCCAAAUAGAAAAAAAUACUGGAACAAAGCCCGAAGCAAAUAAGUUUUCUUUUAAAGUAUUAGGCAGCAAAGUUAGAGAAAUAGAAGGAUAUAAGCCUGAAAAUAAGACUCUUGAGUUAGAGAUUGCGACAUUAGAUUUAGGAAUAGAGGGAAUGCCACUAAUUACCCGAAUUUUUUUUAACUUUUUAACUCCUGACUCCACUACGGUGGGAACAAUGCUAA